CUAGGGUAUAAAAGCCCCAAUAUUUUUUUCUCCGCGCGAAGAGACGAAUCCUUAGCAAUCGACCCAACGGCACCUCCCUCAUUUCUCUCCCUUCGUCGCCGGAGAUCGGUAAACCGUCUCCUAUUUGAGGCAGAUCGUAGAGAAUGGCGACGUUUGAGCUGUACAGGAGAUCGACGAUUGGGAUGUGUUUGACGGAGACUUUGGAUGAGAUGGUUCAGAGCGGUACGCUGAGCCCUGAGCUAGCUAUCCAAGUCCUUGUUCAAUUUGACAAGUCCAUGACUGAAGCUCUUGAGAGCCAAGUGAAGACCAAGGUGACUAUCAAGGGCCACCUGCACACAUACAGGUUCUGUGACAACGUCUGGACCUUCAUAUUACAGGACGCAAUGUUCAAGAGUGAAGACCGUCAAGAGAAUGUUAGUCAAGUGAAGAUAGUGGCAUGUGACUCUAAGCUGCUCACGCAGUGAGAGAUGUUAAUUACCAGCAGCAGAGAAUAUAUGCUUACUCCCUUUGUAAUAGAUUUUGAGUUUUUUUUUAACCACUUUGUAAACUCAGCACUUGCUAUCUGUUGAGCUCCGUUUGCAGCCAACGGUUUAGUCUACAUGUAAAUUCUCGGCCCAAAGACAAAUGAGAGACUGUUUUGUUUCUGUGAGAAAGUUACUUACCACUCA